UGUAAUAAUAACCUAACCAACAUACAACUAAUUAUUUUUAAUAUAACUAUCAUCAACGGCAACCUGCAUAAAGUCACGUCACAGUAUAUAUAUAGCAGCACUUCCAUCGCUUCAAAGCUGUGCCCUGUGAUCUUUGGUUAUUGUCGUACCCUAUACUGUUAUCUUUGGCAGAACAAAAUGGUGCACCCUUUCAGAGGCAGGUCUUUAUCAGUAGCAGCAUUACUAGUAGUAAUACUACUAGUAUUCACAUCGACCAUAUCAUGUUCAAAUUCUCUUCAAAUGACUAAGAUGAAAUCAAUGGUUUUUCGAUCCCCGAAGAUUGAGCUGGAACCAGGAUCAGUGGCGAACAAAACUUUCUACAACAUUGACUUUCCAAGAGGUCAUAUUGCUCUCAAGAGUUUUAUUGCUGACGUGGUUGAUGAGGCAGGGGACCCUAUUCCUCUUCAUGAAACUUAUCUUCACCAUUGGGUCAUUGUUCGAUCUUAUCAACCCAAAGAUGUCUUUCAGAAACAUAAUAUGUCAAAAGUCAUAUUUGUCCGAAAUAGUGGAAUAUGCCAGGAUGAUAUUCUUGGGCAGUAUUAUGGUAUUGGCUCCGAAGCAAGAAAAACGCCUACUUUUGUUCCUGAUCCUUAUGGAGUUGAAGUUGGUAAUCCUGCUGAAAUCCCUGAUGGCUAUGAGGAGAGAUGGCUGCUCAAUGUGCACGCAAUCGAUACGCGAGGCGCGGUCGAUAUAUUCGGAUGCACUGAGUGCAGAUGUGAUCUGUAUAACAUCUCCAAGGAUGAGUAUGGUCGGCCUCUGAGGUCAGAUUAUAAAGGAGGCCUUUUGUGUUGCUAUGACCAAACACAAUGUAGAGUGAGAAAAGGCUUUCAGGGGGUCAAGAGAAGCCUCUACCUCAGAUAUACUGUGGAAUGGAUUGAUUGGACUGAUUCUGUUUUGCCGCUGAAGAUAUAUAUUCUUGAUGUUACUGAUACCUGGAAUGGUUUGAACUCUGCUAAACAUGAUUGCCAAAUCGAAUACGAAGUUGUGGAGUCAUGCAAUGACACUGGUAUGACUGGGGACAGAUGCAUCGACACCAAAAGCACAAGGGUCAGCAUACCAACCGGUGGAUAUGUUGUGUAUGGUGCUGCUCAUCAGCAUCCCGGGGGAGCUGGUUCAACAUUAUAUGGAGAGGAUGGAAGGGUGAUAUGUUCGUCGAAUCCAAUCUACGGAAAAGGAAAGGAAGCAGGGAAUGAGGCCGGUUACGUUGUGGGAAUGUCUGCUUGUUAUCCUAAACCAGGCUCAGUCAAAAUACUCGAUGGUGAGACAUUGGUUCUUGAGUCCAAGUACAAUAGCACCCAAUCACACACUGGAGUUAUGGCGCUAUUUCACAUUUUCAUUGCAGACCAAUUGCCCAACACAUUGAAGAUCUCUGGUCACUCUCCUGUCUGAGUUGUUGAGUGUCUGUUUUUACUUUUGUAAUCUAACGUUGUUUACUUGUCUAUCUUUAAUAACCAUACCUCGCGUGUGAAUUCCAAUGUCACGUGUUGCUUUAAACUUAUAUUCUGUAAAAUAUGAUGUGAGAAUGGUUGUGCCUGGUUUCUGUUUAAUGGUAGCAACAAUAUAUACUGGAAUUUAUAAUUAGUUUAAAUAUCAUUAUGUAUACUCUGCAGUCAUGAGUAGAAAAGUAUAAGUUUGUUAUGUAAUAAAAUAUGAGUUAUGCAUGUAAUAAAGUUCACCUUUUUGCUUA